GCAUCGGCCUUAGUUCCACCCCUAAUGUCGACGGAGCAAAAACAAGCGAUUCGUGAAGAUGCCAAAUUAUCUAGGAAUUUAGCGUAAUUGGACAAUCUGUUCGUGGACCAUGGACAUAGCCACCAUCGAACUGAGCGUGGAGGCGCUAAUUGGAUCCUUGCUGGCCCUGGGUGUCCUGUUUGCCUUCUGCCGCAGCUUGCUGGCCGAGGACUUUGUGAGCACCUUCAAAACACGUCACAGCUGGAAAUCAAUAAAAGUUAUCGAGCAGGCCUGCUUCUGCAAUGUGUGCGAAAUCCUUCUAACUCCCUCCGCCGGACUUUUUUGCGACUGCUGCGGUCUGUGCACCCAUGCCACGCCUCUUUGCCAGCGAAGGGCGGACAGGGAGUACCGCUGCAAGGACAAAUGGUUGCGCAACGAGUCCUCCGUUCGGCACCUGUGGGUCCACGGCAAUCUGCCCAUGGGAGUGCAUUGUGCCGACUGCAACGAGGAAGUGGAUCACCAUGUCAGCACCGAUCCAGGAUUGUAUGGAUGGCGGUGUGCCUGGUGCCAGCGGUGCUACCACAACGACUGCUACAACCGAGUCGAUUCCAAAGCCUCCUGCGACUUUGGCGAGUUUAAGGACAUGAUCUUCCCGCCCUACAGCUUUGUGGCCGCCCGAACUCGGGAUUCGAUGCGCCUGCACCUGGCCAGCAUCACGCCGCCGGACAUCGAGAACUGGGAGCCGCUGAUUGUGAUUGCUAACACCAAAUCGGGCAGCAGUACGGGCGCCAAUGUGUUGUCUCUGCUGCGUGGCUACCUGCACCCGCUGCAGGUGAUGGAACUGGGCUCGCGUGGCCCACAGGAUGCCCUACAAUGGGCUGCCAAGGCCAGUCCUCGCCCAUGUCGUAUACUGGUAGCCGGCGGCGAUGGCACCAUCGGUUGGGUGCUCAAUACCAUAUACGCGUUGAACAUAAAACCCCAGCCGGCGGUGGCCAUCAUGCCGCUGGGCACUGGCAACGAUUUGUCGCGAAUUCUGGGAUGGGGAGCCGAGCCUCCCUCGGUUCUCGAUCCUGUGGAAAUUCUAAGGAGUAUUCGUCGUGCGCGCUCCGUGAAUCUUGACCGCUAUGACCUGCAGAUCGAGAAGCUGCACUACCGGCUGCCGAUUCAAAGGCAUCCCACAAAAACGAUCCAUGUGUACAACUAUUUCAGUGUGGGUGUGGACGCACACAUCGCCUACAACUUCCACAAGACCCGUGAAUCUCGGUUCUAUCUGCUCAGCAGUCGGAUAUUCAAUAAGCUUCUGUACUUCACGUUUGGAACGCAACAGGUGAUGCAACCCGGUUGCGAACACAUUGAGGAGAAGCUCAUCCUGUACCUGGACAACAAACCAGUUCAAUUGCCUGAACUACAGGCCCUGGUGUUCCUAAAUAUAGACUCCUGGGGAGCUGGCUGCAAGCUGUGCGAGCUAAGCAACUCCAAUGGCGAGGUGCGCAUCGUAAACUCCAUUUCCGAUGGCAUAAUGGAGGUGUUUGGCAUUGUUUCGUCCUUCCACAUUGCUCAGCUUCAGUGUAAUAUUAGCAAACCCGUGCGAAUCGGCCAAGCCAAGCAAAUAAGGCUGCAAGUCAAGGAGACGGUGCCCAUGCAAGCAGAUGGCGAGCCCUGGAUGCAGUGUCCUGCGGAUAUACGUCUGUCUUCACGCAGCCAGGCCCGCGUUCUCAAACUGGCUGCAUCCUAAUUAGUUAAACCAAUAGCGAACCCUUAUGUGCCAGUCCCAUAAUCUCAAAGUACUUAACCCGGAACUUCAGUCUAUACUUAAUCGAAUUUGGUAAUUUAUGGCAUUUCAAGACGUCCGUAGGAGGAAACCCAAUACUAGUCGAAAAAUACAUUAAUUCGUAUCUGAAA